AUGGACGAGGAUUCCAGGAAGGAGCUUUCGAAACAGACUAACCACGACAAAGCUGACGGUCUUUUAGGAAAGAUCGUGUUUCUCCACCCCACCCUUUCGACAUUAUUCUUUUUCAGUGUCCUUCGUUGCCAAGCCGCCAAAGUGGAGAGUGUGGUUGCAGAGGGGGGUGCUUCUCGUUUUAGUGCUUCUUCGGGAGGAGGAGGAGGUGGUCGGAGUGCGUCUCAGCACUUUCCCACGACUGUCGGCAACAGCGAGUUCCUGGGGAAAACCCCAGGGCCUAGCGUUCAGAGAUGGAUUCCUUCACGAAGCACUAGACGAGAUGUCAGCUCCUCAAACGAAAAAGAACAUCAGGAUGCAAUCUUCAGAAAAGUAAGAGGCAUACUCAAUAAACUGACCCCUGAGAAGUUCGACAAGCUAUGCCUUGAGCUUCUAAAUGUGGGUGUGGAUUCAAAGCUCGUCCUCAAGGGAAUCAUCUUGCUGAUUGUAGACAAAGCCCUCGAAGAGCCCAAAUACAGCUCGCUCUAUGCUCAGCUAUGUCUGCGUCUGGCAGAGGAUGCCCCCAACUUUGAUACCCAACCAUCUGAGAUCCAAUCAUCACAAAAGCAGAGCACUACAUUCAGGAGACUUCUGAUUUCAAAGCUUCAAGAUGAAUUUGAAAACCGUACCAGAAAUGUUGAUAUUUAUGACAAGAGAGAUGGCCCCCUUACCUCUGAAGAAGAGGAGCAGCGUGCCAUCGCCAAGAUCAAAAUGCUGGGCAACAUCAAAUUCAUCGGGGAGCUUGGCAAGCUUGAUCUCAUUCACGAGUCUAUCCUUCAUAAGUGCAUCAAAACACUUCUGGAAAAGAAGAGGAGAGUCCAACUUAAAGAUAUGGGUGAGGAUUUGGAGUGCCUCUGUCAGAUAAUGAGGACUGUGGGGCCAAGACUCGAUCAUGAGAAAGCCAGGUCUUUAAUGGAUCAGUACUUUAGCCGCAUGCGAUCCUUAAUGAACAACAAGGACUUGCCUUCAAGGAUUCGUUUCCUGCUGCAGGAUACUUCAGAGUUGCGAGAGAACAACUGGGUGCCACGUAAAGCUUUCAAUGAUAACGGACCUAAGACCAUUAACCAGAUCCGUCAGGAUGCCGUGAAGGAUUUGGGUGUGUUUAUUCCAGCCAUGACCCCAGGAAUGAGAACCGACUUCUUUCAGGAUAACUCCUUCUUGCCGACUCGACUCUGCAGGGAGACUCUUGGAGGACUGGCUGAUAUGUUUGGACAAAUGCCAGGCAUUGGUAUUGGAACUGGACCUGGUGUUAUUCAAGACCGGUAUUCCCCCACCAUGGGGCGCCAUCGCACAAACCCACUCUUCAAUGGCCACAUGGCUCCCGCUCCUCAGUCUCAGUUUGACAAGCCUUUCAUGAAACCCAAUCAGGGGCAGAAUCCACUUUUCCAAAACCAGGCUCAGCAGCAAGCUCAGUCCAAGGACUUGCCUCCACGAUUUAGCAAGAAAGGAUUACUGAAUGCAGAUGAGAUUAGCCUGAGACCAGCUCAGUCAUUUCUAAUGAACAAAACCCAAGUGCCAAAACUGCAGCCGCAGAUUCCCAACAUGAUGCCUCCCAGUGCCCAGCCUCCUCGCACAUCCACUCCUCCGCUUGGACAGCCUCCACAGCUAGGCCUAAAAACGAACCCACCUCCCAUUCAGGAGAAACCUCAGAAGACGAGCAAGAAACCCCCUCCUGCCAAAGAAGAACUGCUCAAGAUGACCGAGACUAUCAUCAAGGAGUACCUGAGCAACAAGAAAAUGAACGAUGCUGUAAAUGGGGUUAGGGAGAUGAGGGCACCCAAACACUUCCUGCCAGAAAUGUUGAGUAAAAUGAUUGUCGGCUCACUGGAAAGUACAGAUGACGAUAAGGAGCAUGUUAGCAGUCUGUUCCACACACUGCGUACUGAGGGCCUUAUUACAGGGGAGAACUUCAUGCAGGCUUUCCUUAACGUUUUGGACCAGUAUCCUAAGCUUGAGGGUGACAUUCCCCUGGUGAAGUCUUAUCUGGCUCAGUUUGCCGCGCGUGCCAUCAUUGCUGACCUCAUGAGCAUCGCCGACCUGGCUCAUCCUCUGGAGAACGGCGUACACUUCCCGCUCUUCUUGCUUUGCCUGCAGCAGACGGCCAAGCUGAAGGAUAAGGAGUGGCUCACAGACCUGUUCCAGCAGAGCAAAGUCAUCAUGCAGAAGAUGCUCCCAGAAAUAGACCAAAACAAAGACCGUAUGUUGGAGAUUUUGGAGGGUAAGGCUCUGAGCUUCCUGUUCCCGCUCAUGAAACUGGAGAAGGAGUUGCUGAAGCAGAUCAAAGCAGACCCAGCCCCCCAGACUAUUUACAAGUGGAUCAAGGACAACAUCUCGCCCAAACUUCACACCGAUAAGGGUUUCGUCAACAUUCUGAUGACCAGCUUUUUGCAGUACAUAUUCCACGAGGUGUAUUUGAACGAAACCGACGAACAGCUGUCCUCACCUUCAAAAGAACAGCUGGACCAGGAGAAACAGCUGCUGCUUGCUUUCAAACCGGUGAUGCAGAAAUUCCUGCACGAACACUUGGAGCUGCAGGUCAGCGCUCUGUACGCGCUGCAAGUGCACUGCAAUGUCAAGGCUUUCCCCAAAGGAAUGUUGCUGCGCUUUUUUGUCAACUUUUACGAUAUGGAAAUAAUUGAAGAAGAAGCCUUCCUUUUAUGGAAAGAAGAUAUUACCCAAGAGUUUCCUGGCAAAGGCAAAGCAUUGUUUCAGGUGAACCAGUGGCUGACCUGGUUGGAAACAGCUGAGGAUGAGGAGUCUGAAGAAGAGGCUGAUUGAGACCGUAGCCAAAGCCUUAAGGGUCGAAUUGAAUUAUUAUUUUUUA